UUGUUCUUGUAUCUCGUCUAUCCCUGAGCUUGUCGGUAUCAUCUGUAUCAUCGGUCCGUUUUUUUUUCUGUACAAUCCGGUUUGUUUUAAUUCUUUCUUGCAGCAACUGGUCUAGUGAGUUAGUGUGAGCUAAUACUGAAUAGCCUUUUUUUCAUCUCUUGUCUUGCAUUAUUCGGAAUACAGCCCGUCUUCAUUUGGCAUUCAUAUAACCUCUGGGUGCAAUGUUACGUAUUCUGCUUAAAAAUUUGCCAAAAUCUGGCGCCGGUAGCCAAAUAGCUAGAUAUUCGUCUAUUCCGGCACCAAAAACCGCUCCUGAAAUCCUCUACACCGGGAUCUUUAUUAACAAUGAAUGGCACAAAAGCAUCGGAGGCAAAGUGUUCCCCACAUUGAAUCCAGCCAACGAGCAAAUUAUCGCCGAGAUUCAGCAGGGCGAGAAGGCUGACAUUGAUGUGGCGGUUAGUGCAGCGCGGGAGGCUUUCAAGCUUGGUUCACCAUGGCGCCGGAUGGAUGCUUCUAAACGAGGACAACUACUGUACAGACUGGCUGAUCUUAUGGAAAGGGACCGUGUCUAUUUAGCUAGUCUGGAGACACUCGAUAAUGGCAAACCGUACUUCAUGUCGUAUAAUGUGGACGUUCAAAUGGCUAUCAACAAUCUGCGCUAUUAUGCAGGAUGGGCCGACAAAAACCAUGGAAAGGUUAUCCCUAUGGACGGUGAGUUCUUUGUCUACACCCGUCACGAACCAGUGGGCGUCUGUGGCCAAAUCAUUCCGUGGAACUUUCCUAUUCUUAUGGCUGCUUGGAAGUUUGGACCAGCAUUGGCAACAGGAAACACAAUCGUUCUGAAGCCUGCUGAGCAAACCAGUUUGACGGCACUAUAUAUGGCCCAGUUAGUCAAGGAGGCUGGAUUCCCUCCGGGUGUCGUUAAUGUUGUACCUGGAUUCGGCGAUGCAGGUGCUGCUCUUGUGCAGCACGAUGAUGUGGACAAAGUAGCGUUCACCGGUUCCACUGAAGUUGGUAAGAAAAUUCAACAAGGUUCGGGCUUGAGCAAUCUGAAACGAACUACUCUAGAGUUGGGUGGCAAGAGUCCGAACAUUAUUCUGUCCGAUGCCGACAUGAAGCAUGCCGUAGAGACAUCACACUUUGGUCUUUUCUUCAACAUGGGCCAAUGCUGUUGUGCUGGUUCGCGCACGUUCAUCGAAGAUAAAAUUUACGACGAAUUCGUAGAACGUAGUGCUGAGAGGGCAAAAAAGCGAACUGUCGGAAAUCCAUUCGAUUUGACUACCGAGCACGGCCCGCAGGUUGAUAAGGCACAAUAUGACAAAAUUUUGAGCUUGAUUGACACGGGCAAAAAGCAAGGCGCCAAACUAGUUGCUGGAGGAAACAAGUACGAGGGAUUACCUGGCUAUUUUAUCGAGCCAACUGUCUUUGCAGAUGUUAAUGAUGAUAUGACCAUCGCUAGAGAGGAGAUUUUCGGUCCUGUGCAGCAGCUCAUCCGUUUCAAAUCAUUAGAUGAGGUAAUCGAGCGGGCCAACAACUCUGAAUACGGACUAGCCGCCGCAGUCUUCUCGAAAGACAUCGAUAAGGUGAAUUAUAUGGUUCAGGGACUUCGAGCUGGCACCGUUUGGGUAAAUACUUACAACGUACUGUCAGCGCAAGCACCGUUUGGAGGAUAUAAAAUGUCCGGUCAUGGCCGUGAAAACGGCGAAUAUGGCCUGCAAGCCUAUACUGAGGUCAAGAGUGUUAUCACUCGUAUUCCGGUGAAAAAUUCAUAAAUUAGAAAUUAUGUUCAUUUAAUCACAUAUAUGUUAUCAUAAUCGUUCUGUGGCUUAACAUGUUUUGGGUAAAAUAA